AGGAGGAGGAGGAGUUUGUUUGUUGACUUCGGACGAAAGCGAAAAUCAGAUGAGUGAAGACUAGUGAGUGAUACCUGAGUUUCUCGCCCUCGCCAGGACACACAGCCUUGGCGGAAGCUAAGUUGUUGACCCCUGCGUUCAUUGCGUCCACCGCUUGUCCACCAAGGUCCCUGCACGGCCCAGUCUGUGAUCUGAGCCAGGGAAAGAGACGAUAAGAUGGCAGCCAAAGCAGGCGACAACCCUGACAGCCUCAUGAACCUGGCAACGGUCUUCUGCCUUAGGAACCUCAGAAAGACCAUGUGCUACCAGGGAGUCAGGAACAAGCUCUGCCUGCGUUCAGACAUCUUCCUUCCCAGCGAAAUCUGCGACAAGUUGGUCAACAUAUACAUGGAGUUGGUCCUUACUGACAGUACCUUUGAGCCAGAGGAGAGCUUCUUUCAACUGUUCUCAGACCCUCGAAGCACCAGACUGACCCGGGUACAGUUGAGGGAGGACUUUGUACGCGACAGAGAUCUGGAGGCUAUUCGGAAACAGGACCUGAUUGAGCUCCACCUGACCUACUGCAACAGUCUGUCAUCCCGCAGCUUGAAAACACUGACCUGCUUCCGUGAGACACUGGUGUCUCUCUGUCUUUUCGGCUGCAGCCACAUCUUCUAUAGGAAAGGCGGUGCCCCUCUAGCCUGCAACGAAGACUCUGAGGAUGAGUAUGAGGAGAGCCCUGCUUCAUUGGAGACGGACUUUAACUUCCAGGGGUUCAACCGCCUAAGGUUACUCAAUCUGGGAGGACUGGCUGAUGAGGUGGAUGCAGAGACUCUACUUAAACCCCUAAAAUCACUCACGUCACUAGAUCUGUCUAACGUACAGUUGCUGGGAACAGCGUUCCUCACCCAGUGGAAAGAUAGACUGGCCUCUCUUGUUCUCUACAAUGUGGACCUGUCUGAUGAGCUGGUCAGUACACUGGUGGAGCUUGUUAACCUCAGGCAUCUUGACAUUUCGCGAGAGAGCAGACGGACCUCGAAGUCUAAGAUGACCAAGAAAAUCCUGACGGCCAUUGUGCAGCGUCUGGUCAAUCUGGUCUCAUUAGACGUCUCAGGUCACAUUAUGCUGGACAACUGCACAGUUCCACACUUUGAAGAAGCUAUGGGACGACCAAGCAUUGAGCCGUGCAAGAGCAGCAUCUACCCCUUCCAAGAGCUGAAGAGGCCCCUGCAGUUUCUGGGUUUAUACGACACCACCCUCUGUAAUGUCACACACAUCCCUGCUUAUAAGGUGACUGGCUCUAAGAACGAAGACCAGGUCCUGAAUGCCAUUGAGGCUUACACAGAGUUUCGCCCUGAGCUGGCCCACAGAGCCAUCAACCAGCUUUUUGACAUUGCCAGGAUACAACACUGUAGCCAUCUGCUCCGAGCUCUGCAGCUCGUCAUCGCAGCACUGAAGUGCCAUAAGUUUGAUAAGAGUAUCCAGGUGACAGGCAGUGCCGCUCUGUUCUACCUGACCAACACAGAGUAUCGCAGUGACCAGAGUGUGCGGUUGCGCCGAGAGGUCAUUCAAGUGGUACUGAACGGAAUGGAGCAGUACCAGGAGGUCACUGUUCAGAGGAACUGCUGCCUGACUUUGUGUAACUUCAGUAUUCCAGAGGAGCUGGAGUUCCAGUACAGUCGCGUCAACCAGCUGCUGCUAAAAAUCCUGGAGCCUGCCCGGCAGGACGAGUCCAUCCAGAGGAUCGCUGUCCACCUCUGCAAUGCUUUGGUCUGUCAGGUGGACAACCAUCACAAGGAAGCUGUGGGGAAGAUGGGAUUUGUCAAGACAAUGUUGAAUCUAAUUCAAAAGAAGUUGCAGGAUGGGAUGUGUGACCAGGUGAUGGAGUUUUCCUGGAGCGCUUUGUGGAACAUCACUGACGAGACCCCCGAUAACUGUCAGAUGUUCCUCAACUGUCGGGGGAUGAGUCUGUUUCUGGAUUGUUUAAAGGAAUUUCCAGACAAGCAGGAGCUUCACCGCAACAUGCUGGGGCUUUUAGGAAACGUCGCUGAGGUCAAAGCUUUGAGGCCACAGCUGCUCACCCCACAGUUCAUCACAGUGUUCAGCUACCUGCUGGAUAGUAAGGCCGACGGGAUAGAGGUGUCGUACAACGCGUGUGGUGUGCUGUCACACAUCAUGUUUGAUGGGCCGGACGUGUGGUCCAUGGAGGAGCCGCGGCGAGACACCGUUAUGGAGAAGAUGUGGGAGGCCAUCCAAAGCUGGGACGUCAGCUCACGCCGCAACAUCAACUACAGGUCAUUCGAGCCCAUCCUGCGUCUGCUGCCUCAGAGCAUCUCGCCUGUCAGCCAGCACUGGGCCACGUGGGCUCUCUUUAACUUGGUGUCAGUUUACCCGAACAAGUAUUGUCCGUUGCUUAUAAAGGAAGGAGGAAUACGUCUGCUGGAGAAAGUGCUUGAACUGGACAGCUCACAGCCAGAGACCAAGGACAUGGCCCAGAAAGUAAUGGAGCAUUGCGACAACUUCAAAGACGACCCCAUGGACACAGACCAUGCACAGGAGGUAAACCACGGACAAAGAGGUUGACCUUGCUGAUUCUCAGCAAGCGUCGGAUCAGCCCAAUGCCUCUCCUCUCUUCACAAGGGUCAAUUGUGUGCAUUAUUUUUCAUAGUUUCUUCAUAAAGCAGAACAGUCUUGGAUCAUUUCACAGCUGUUUGGAUGAGACGUAGGACUUCAGACGUGCUCAUGGUGUUUUGUGAGGAUGCUUACCUUCUUGGCUUGGGUUUGUGGGUUGGCUGUUAUCACUCAGUGUGUGUGUACAGUAGAAACAGUAGCUUGAUGCUUUGCUACUGUUUAGCAGACACGCUGCCAUCAGGUCUCAGUUCUCACUCUGCUCUCUCACACUCACUUGUGCUCGUGGAGGCCACUGAGUGGUGGUCGGAAAUGCAGUGAAUGUUAGCCACUAUGUGUGUAGACAGCAGAGACGCGUUGUGCUGGUGUAACAGAGGGGAACCUCUCCUCAUCCAGCACGGGGAUCGACAGCUUUGUUAUAUAUGUAAAUAUUCUGUGUCUCAUUCUUUUACUGUGCGUAUGUUUUAUAAUAUAACUGUAAACACUUGUGACUUUAAUCUGUAUUUAAUUUAGGUUUGACAUGGUCCUCGAUAAGAUGCUAUAUUUAGAAUCCUUGCUCGGUCAGACAUAGUUUAGUUCAUUUGGAUCCUUUGGGUUUAGUUGAAGCUCACUAUUUUUUUCUUCCUGGUAUUUGAACCUGAUUCUUCUGAGAGCUGUCAGUAUUCCACUAUCUAUCAUGGGGACCAAAGACUAAUUCUGGGGAAGCUAUGAGAUGCUAUAGCUCCUUAGAGAAAGGCUUUGAAGAACUUAACUGUCCUGCACAGAAGCCCCUUCCUCACAUUCAGGAUGAACGGCUGACACACACACCAUUGUUAAUCUCAGUGGAGGGUUCUGAGUCUCUGGAAACGCUGGAAGUUGUUCGUACUAACACACUGAAGGUCUGAUGUCCAAAGACACACUUCAUAGCGUGACCCUUUGACACUGCAUCUCAUUCACACAAUCAAACCAAUAGAAGAGCUGCUGUGGAGCUUGUCUACGUUCUGCAGCAUCUUGCCCAAAGACACAUGACUGGAGGAGCUGGAAAUCAAACCGCAACCCUUUGUUUACCUCCUGAGCCACUGCCCGUUCAAGUGUUGGUCACCAGUUGAUUGUUAGUUCCUGCUCAGCUAGAGGCUGUUCACUGGUUGUGAUGUUGGUUGGUCUCCUGCAUCAGAACAGUGAGGUUCCCCGUGUGCUUUGGUAUGAGAAAAAUGUAGGAUGUCACACUACUGAAUAUAUUCUGGGCAUUUUGGAGAUUGAAGCAGUCGGAGUCUCUGUUGAAGCUCAGGUGCUGAAGGUGUUUCAGAAAACAAGGCUGACAGGAGCAAUGAUCACUAACUCAGCCUGAUUGGUCAACGUGCUGCUUCAUUCAGAUUACACACUGACCCCUUGUCUCCACUUGUCUUGACUUAACUAGUCUUCAGUCUUAGGCACAAAUCAAACUUGCUGUUGUUCUGUUUGAGGCAGGCUGUGGAACUACCCAUUGACCAUCCAUGUUUACAUGCAGUGCCUAAUCCAAACGCAUAAAAACUCUAGCUUCAUCCUGAUCAAUGAGGUUUGAGCAUCAUUCAGAUGGAUAAGACAUGUCACAUUAUAGGAGCAAAAUAAGUACUGUUAAAAAGGUUCCUGAUACUUAAAAAAACAAACUAUUUAUCUAUAAAGCAGCAACAGACUGAUUGUGACUGGACUCACAUCAUCUGGACAGCACAUUUCUGUUUCCUCCCAUCAUGAUCUGACGUUCAACUGUUUAUGCCUCAGUCGUUGGUCUUACAUUGUGCAAGAUGAUGGAAACACUAUAGACAACAUGGCUCACCUUGUUUCUACCUGGUUCGGUACUCUGAUCGUAGCACUUGGCCCUUUGAGAUGAAAAAGCUUUAGGGACGUUGGAUGGAUAAUUGUCACGUUGUAUAAUAAGAUGAACUGAUGAAACACAAAGACCUUAUUCCACGUUACGGUGAACCUCAGCUCUUGUUUGCUGUCAUAGAGAAAACACGUUUACUUUUGAAGUUCUAUGUGGUUGGAAUUCAGUGAGUUAAAAUGUCACCAAAAAGUAAAAACAUCAAAGUGAAGCUCAUUCUCUGGUUCUUUAAGUAGACAUUACCACUAGAGGUCAAUCAAAACCUGAACUAGUGAGGCCUUAACAUCUGGAUCAUCAGUUGGGAGAACGUUCUACUGACCCCUGUUUGACAGCUGUAUAGAGUCCCAUCUGUAAUCUUCAAAAGAUUGGUCAUUUAAGAAUUUAUUAAUUUGAGGUAGGUCAGGUUUUUUGUUUAAGUGUCCUUAACGCAAAUCUGGUCAAAUAUAUAAAACAAAAUCCAGUCUAGUUAAACUCAUUUUCAUUUUGUUUAUUUUCUAUAUUGUUUUUUUUUAAUUUCCAAUAUUUAUUUAUCAAAGUAAGAGUUUGAUCUAAAUUAUUCAGCAUCUUCAGUUCUCUAUGUGUCCAGGCACCAUUUAAGCAUCCAAAGACUUCUCAUUUACAGUGAUCAUGCUGAUGAUCGAACUAAAGUGUUGGAUUUUAUUUAUGAGAGCACUUGAGCUGUUUGGUUUAUCUACUGUAGGAUGGUGAACAUGUUAAGACGGUGCCAUUGUAGCCUGACCCGACCCGCACACGUUCAGUACUGUGCUGGUAAUAAAACAUUGGACUUUCAUUCACCCUCUGAUCCUGGGAUUCUAUCAGAACCUAAAAAUCACAUAUUUUUUUUAACUCGUUGACCAGGUUUCCAUGUAGCGGCACCGUGUAGCCUGAGCUGGUUCCCACAGUCUGCCUCCUAUCAGUGUGUUACUUAGUGCUUCUUACUCAGAUUCAGUUCUGAAACAUGUUUGGAAGUGAAGCUGAUGUUUCAUAUCACCUAUGUUGGUUUUAUUCACAGACUUGAUUUCCUGAUUGUGAUGUACAGGUGUUUGUAAAUUAUGAGAAUCUGGUCCAGCUAAGUUUCUGUUUUUUCAAACGUGUGAGUGAAUGUUCAGUCAGGCAGUGUUGUGAGAUAAAAGGUUUUAUGAACUCACAAACUGUUUCUGUCUUUAAUUAUCAUGUGCAGAUAUGAAGAAGCUUAACCACCAGUUAUUUUGGUCAAGUUUUUAGUUUCUAGGCUUGACAAUGUUUGAAUAAACAUCUUGGUCUCUUUCUAAUUCUAGGUUUAAGUCUUUAUGCUUUUCAUGUGUAGACUACAAGCCCCAUGUCGCUGACAGCAGGUAGCAAGAGUUCCACCAUAUUUAUAGCAGUGCAUGUUAAAAAAAUAAAGGGUAGAAGAAUUGCUGUGACCUUGUCUUCUAAUAUCAGGAUGCUUCUGAAAUCCUCAAAGUGUGAUUGAAAUCUGAGUGAACAACAUUUGAUCCAUAUUUUGUGCAUUUUUUAAAUUUACAUAGCACCAGGUCAUCAGUGAAAAACAUGAAAAAGCAAUAAAGCGGGAGUGGUUAAA